AUGUUCAAAUACGUUUGCUUGUUCGUUUCAUAUUCAUUACUGUGGAGUAUUCAAUGUCGACAUCAAGAUUUCAGUUCUUUUACUAAUACUACUACUACUAAUAAUAAUAAUAAUAAUAAUACUAAUACUACUACAUCAACAAGUGUUGCUGAUAACAGAUUGAUUCAAAUUAAAGGAAUUCUUCCAGGUGUUGGUUUGCUUAUUGGGAUUUUAUUUAUUCUUAUAUUACUUAUAAAGUGUUGUAAGCCUGAUAAAUUAACUAAUAGUAUGAAUCGAAAUAAAAUAUCAUUUUCACAUCAUGAUGAAACUAAAAUUUGGUCGACAAGUUUGGAAAGUGAAACUACUCGAGAGUACGGUGAUUUACAAAAUGACAAUUAUGAAUAUGAUGGUAAUCAGAAUACCAUUACAAAUAGUUCUGCGUAUAUAAUGCAGUCAAUUGACGAUGAUACAUCAUCAUUGGACUUGGAGACACAAGAGAUGGAUGAAAACAAGUGGUGUACUAUGUCAAACAAUGUUACAUCAUUGACAAUCGAGAAAAAGCAAACUUAG